AUGAACCGCAUGCCACCCCCCCAAGGGCCGCAUGCGCAUUCACCUUACGAUACCUCAUGGCGCCCUCAAUACCCUUCCACCUUCGACCCCCCACAAACGUCCAAUCCACCAGGAUACCCCGUCAUAGCCAACAGGGAGCUGCCACAGUUAACGGAGAGUCCGUAUCCCCGACCUAACGGCAUGCCCCCGCAGGCGCCCAUGCCUUCUCCGCAAGAUCUAAAUCCUCCUCACAACUUCCGAACGCCCAUGAACGGCGCGCAUGACCCUUCGCCCGAUUAUCGCGCUCGCAUGGGAUACCCACCGCCGGAUUCAAUCAAUAAUGCCGAAAACAUGCCUCCGUCUGGCCAUUUGCCUCCCGCUCCACAAUUUAUGACACCUGUUCCUCAAUUGGCGGGUGCGACGCCGCCGGGGGGUAUGAUUCCGCAGCUUAUCAGAAUCAAGCUGCGCGCCGGGGCAAGGCUAGAGCUACACAGGUCAGUUGAGCUUGUAGAACGGGCUUGUGAUCAAUGCCGAACGAGGAAGGCGAAGUGUGAUGAGGGACGACCGAAUUGCAGUCAUUGCAGAGAGAACAGCUUACAGUGUGUCUACAAAGAGGUACCGCCGCACAAGCAGGAAAAGACGACUCAGAUAGUUCUCGACAAAUUGUCGGCGACUGAGGAUCGUGUGGAUCGUCGUUUUGAUCAUAUCACGGAUCGGAUGGGGAAGGUCGAGGAUCUUUUGGAGCAGUUGUUGGCAAACUCUGGACGACAGACAAUGCCACGGCCCGUAAAGUCCAGUCAAGAGCCUGCUUCGGUAAGUAUUGAACGUGAGCCGCCGCUCAAACAAGAGGCGGGGUCCACGCAGACCCGUAGUGCGAUUCUUGAACCCGGCAGUCAGGAUGUUGGCACUUCGAAGUAUGGCCAGAAGUUGGGACCCGCGGAUUUAUUGUGCGAUGACUCGACGAAUGAGGCCGAGGGAGAGCUCUCUAUUCCCGUGGAACAUACCACCGCAGCUCACAAGCUAUUGAUGUGGCCCUCAAUCAAGAAGCUGCUGUUUCCAAAGGAGUAUGACGAGAAUUAUGUGAUGAGGUUGGAGGAAGAGCGCGGUUUGAUCAGUAUCUACGGACAAGGCGAGAUCUCAUACACCGCUGACGACAGUCAAUUGCCGGCGGAUAUUGGAUUUGGUGCCAUGUCUGAUGGAGAUGGUGCAGGACUCGACGCAGACGUCGAUAUUGACAAGUUCGGUCAUAUGAAGCUCGAUCUUUCAACCGCUCAACGCUACUAUGACAGCUAUCUUAACAACAUGUAUCUGCUUCACCCAUUCUUGGAACAGGCCGAACUAGACCAGAAGGUUGACAGAUUCAUUCGAUGCUAUUGCCGCAUCAACAAAUCACCAUCCUCGGCCUCACACAUGCGACCGGCUCGGGAUGGCCCACCGCCAGCCAAACGGAGACGAUCAAACGAGAACUUGGGCGUGCGAGGCGAGUUCAAGGAGUCCGUCGCUAACCCGGAACGGCCACGUGUAGGGAGAAAUAUCGACAACGCUAUGGUUCUCCUGUGUCUUGCUCUUGGUGCCAUCUGUGAAGUGCCUUCUCCUCUUCCUGGACCGAUCAUGGAAACCAGACCCGAUUACCGCCACCAACACAUACCUGCUCCUCUGCCACCACCCCGGACAAACCCGAACGUACCGUAUGCCCCCAAUGGUGUGCUUUCGCCUGCAAACUCUGACUCGGCUAUCCCGAUGCAAUAUUCACAAAGUCUGCAUGGGCUGCCGCUCCAAUCUCCCAACCAGUCUUUCCAAUCUUCCAACCAGUCUUUCCAAUCUCCCAAUCAGUCUUUCCAGUCCCCAGGACCAGUACCAGGCUACGAUAGCCGGAAGAACCUAUCAACACGAUCUGUGACGGCUGUGCAGGAUGAGCGGGGGAAUACCAAGAACUAUCAGGUUAUUGCUGGCUUGACAAUGUACGGGUAUGCAACCAUGAUCUUGGGGUAUCUGCAGGGCGGCAACGAACUGGAACAUGUUCAAGCUGCUUUGCUUGCUGGUCUAUAUGCUGGUCAGCUGGCACAUCCUUUCCAAAGUCACAGCUGGAUCUCCCAGGCCUCGAGAGCUUGCCAGGUGUUGGCGAGACCAACACGAUAUACGCAACUGGUCGACGGACCCACGAUGGACCUCUACAACUUCGCAUACUGGACGUGUCUACAGUUGGAAAGUGAUUUGCUUGCAGAGCUCGAUAUUCCCGCAAGUGGUAUCUCGCGAUCUGAAAGUAAAAUGGGGCUCCCCGCAGGAAAAUUCACAAUCAGUCUCCCAAACGACCUGAGUGCGCCCCCAACCAUGAUGAUGUUGUUCUACUCGGCUCAGAUUCACCUGCGCAAAGUCCUCAAUCGAGUCCACACGGAUCUCUACAAAGUCGAAAAAGCAGGCCAAACACGGUGGUCUUCAAGUGUCCAGGAAGCUCUCAGCAUGAACCUUGACCUCUGGCGAACAAGCCUCCCAGAUAGCAUGAAGUGGAGAGACUCCGACGAGCCAGCCAAAGAGAUCAACGCGGCUCGCAUGCGUGCUAAGUAUUAUGGUGCUCGCUACAUCAUCCACCGGCCACUUCUUUACUAUGCCCUGCACUAUGGUCAAACAGGUGCACGCGUCGGCUCAAUUGGCCAGGGCUCGGUGGACUCACCCACAUCGCAACAAAUGUCUCCCUCCAUAGCGCACAACAGCAGGUCGACGAACAUGGCCCGCAUGUCGAGUGACAUGGGUCCCACGCCGGCCGCUUCACUGGAAAAUGGCUGGAAUGCUCCUAAAGUCAGCAUGCGGGACCUUCCCCAGAAAUUGAAAAAAGCCUGCAAAAUCUGCAUCGACUCUGCAGUCCUAAGCACCGAGGCCUUUGAUGGCGUGGGCGGACACAGACUGAUUGUGACCAACAUCUUCGGCACAGCCCAUGCACAAUUUGGUAACAUGCUUGUCCUCUCAGCAACAUACAUGUCAAGUCUCAGAGAGUUCGUUGAGGAAGAAACCCUCGACCGUCUCCUCAAACGAACGAUCCGUUUCCUCGCCCUACACGAAAAUAUCUCCCCCACCCUCCGCGCCGACGCCCGCAUCCUCACAGAAAUCUACACCAAAAUCUUCAAAAAAGCUCCUGACUUGAGCACCGACAACAUGAACUACUAG